UGACCCAAAUGCCCUGCGGCAUCUUUUCAUUACAGCCAUAAUAAAAUUUUUUUAUCAACACCUCAAAUUACAAGCGAUGGCUUUUCCCGGACGUAACCAUGCGGUAACUGAUUUAAGUCAAAUCAAUCGACUCGUCAUACUGAUGACCACUUGCUUUCUCAUGAGUAAUCUUGCAAACGCAAAACUCUAUCAGAGUCACCGUCAUAAGACAGGAACCAUUUUAGCUACAGCCGACCAUUGGAAAGGCGAUGUCCGGUUAUCAACACCAAUGGAAUGUCUGCGACCAUGUCGAACGAACGAAGCACCUAAGACUUGCUACUAUCACUUCACCCUGGAGCGUUAUACUGUCCAAGGAUUGGCCUGCAACUUGUGUACUCCUAACAUGACCAAUGACCUCGAUGACAACUGUCAAUGCGUCACUGGUGACGGUGUGGAAAGGGCCAUUUUAACCGCGAACAGAAUGCUACCUGGACCCUCCAUUCAGGUUUGUCUGGGUGACAAGAUCAUCGUUGAUGUUGAAAAUUUAAUGCAAGGCUCGGAGACCACCAUUCAUUGGCAUGGAGUAUAUCAGGUUGGAACACCGUACCAAGAUGGAGUACCUUUCGUGACCCAAUGUCCUAUUACGGCUGGAGUAACGUACAGAUAUCAGUUCGUUGCCAGAAAUCAAGGAACAAACUUUUGGCACUCUCAUGACGCUCUACAAAAAAUGGAUGGCUUAUUCGGUUCCUUAAUCGUUCGUCUACCACCCGAACAGGAACCCCACUAUCAGCGCUACGAUUAUGAUACACCCUCGACAGUCAUGGUUAUUAAUGACUGGUUUCAUGAAAUGUCUACUGAACAUUAUCCAGGACUGCUGAAUAACCCGGGUCAACGUGCACAGGCAGUACUGAUACAUGGAAGAGGACAGUGGACGAAUGGGACUACCGGACUUACAACCAGAACGCCACUGGCAGUGUAUACCGUGGAAUAUGGGACAAGAUAUCGAUUUAGAAUGAUCAAUGCUUUCUGCACUGUGUGUCCUGCUGAACUAACUAUUGAAAAUCAUGACAUGACCGUCGUCGCAUCAGAUGGAGAACAUUUGCAGCCCGUCACUGUUGACAUCUUAAGAUCGUAUGCAGGAGAACGAUAUGACUUUGUCAUACAUGCCAAUCAACGUGUGGGCACCUACUGGAUUCGAUUACGUGCUACUGGAGAAUGCGCUGAUAGAAAUGUUCAGCAAUUUGCUAUUCUUCGCUACGAAGGUGGUCCUGAUCGUCCCACCACUCCACAACCAGCAUACCAGCAAAACUUUUUCCAACGACUCUCGAGGACUCUCAAUCCGCCGAACGGAACCCUCUGUUCCAUCUCGACGCAAUCAAUUGAUGGUACUUUAUGCAUAAGCGGACUUAGAAGUACUGCUGUCGUAGAAAAGGAGGUCCUUAAACCGGUCCCAGACUUCAAAUUUUACCUGCCACUAGGGUUCAUGGUAUUCCCAACUUCGGAAUUAUUCAUACCAAGAACUUACCUACAAUAUUACGUUCCCCCGGGAGGUUCUGCCUUCGCAGCACUUGUAGACAACAUCACGUUCGUUUCUCCACCAGUGCCACUAAUUUCCCAGGGUAACGACGUUCCGCCGGACUCAAUUUGCAAUGGACAAAAUCUCCCCAAAUAUUGCGACAAGUUUUUUUGCCCCUGCACGCAUGUCCUCAAAGUACCUGUAGGUGCCGUAGUUGAAAUUAUCCUCAGUGACGCAGCUCCGCAAUCCGGUGUCACCCACCCAUUUCACAUGCACGGGUAUGCCUUCUACGUCAUGGGCAUGGGUCCAUCCCCUGACCCAAACACUCUAGUAUUGAAUGCAACAACCAUUCGUUAUCUUGACAACAGUGGUCUUCUGGUCAGAAACUUCCAACAGCCUCCUGCCAAGGAUACCGCUUUAAUACCCACUAAUGGAUACUUAGUUAUCAGAUUUCGUGCUAAUAAUCCUGGUUUCUGGCUCUUCCACUGUCACUUCGUUUUCCACUCGAUCUCCGGCAUGGAGCUUGUCCUGCAGGUCGGGGAUCGAAAAGAUAUUCCACCAAUACCACAAAACUACCCAACUUGCGGAGACUACUUGUCGUAAAUAUUGCCGAUCAACAAAUAA